AGCGGAAAUUUACUUCCGGGGACUACACAAACCAGGAAGUAAACAGCAACAAGUGAAAAUGGAAAGUAAAGAUUCAAAACUAAUAAAGAAAACGGGCAGGAAAACCCCUAAGUACUGUUGUAUUUGUAAAGGAAUUUACAGAGGAAAGGUUAUUGAUGGGAGAAAAGUGUCAUUGCACCGUUUUCCUCAGAACAAACGUUUAAAACGUGUGUGGGUGCAGCGAUGUAAAACGGUCAUGAGAUCGUUCCAGUGGAAUGAACACAGACGAUUGUGUAGUGAGCAUUUUGUUGGCUUCAGAGGACCUUCAUUCCAGCAUACACUUCCAUCUAUGUUUCCAACUGAGACUGGUGCUACCAAAACCUUCCAGCCAACGCUCCUUGAUGAAGACGUAGGUGAUGAUGAUGAUGGUGAUACGGUCAAUGACGAUUUAGACCUAGAACUGUCAAAUGAUGAUAGUAUACAGCCACAACUGUCAUUUGUAUCCCCUUCCGGGCAUGCCAUUGAUACCUCUGUCCACCUGCAUGAUUACUGCAUGGGACCAGUACUACAGCCACAGAAUCAGUCCUUUAGAUGUUGUGACACACAGACUGAGAACAACUGUGCAGUGAUGGAAGUACAAACUGAAGAAAGUUUCCUGGGAAAAACAGCAGACUUCAGUUCACAAACAGAACAUUCUACUAGAGACUUUGGUGUACAAUGUCAGCUACCUAUGCUCACAUAUGAUGACGUAAAAUACAAUGACGAUUUGGUCAGUUUUUACACCGGAAUCCCUAAUCGAGUUGUGUUUGAAGCUUUGUUUGAUGAAAUCAAGGAUGAAGCUGAAGUGCGGACAUCAAGGCGGAAACUUAACUAUAAAGAUUCAGAUGGAGGACGGCCAAGAACUCUAAGUGUUCUGGAUGAAUUUUUCAUGGUGCUGAUGCGCCUACGUCUAGGUCUGUUAUUUGAAGAUCUAGGUACUAGGUUUUGCAUAUCCACUUCACAAUGUAGUGACAUUGUUGAAAGAUGGAUCAACUAUUUACAUGUACAAUUAUCCUUUCUUGUUCAAUGGCCAUCUCGUGAGGUAGUGAAAAAUAACAUGCCUGAACAAUUUAAAGAGAAAUAUUCUAACACUAGAAUUAUUAUCGACUGCACUGAAAUUUACAGUGAAACAUCCAGUUCUCUUUCUUUGAAAAGUUUAAUGUACAGUGAUUACAAGUCUCACAUGACUCAUAAGAUUUUGGUGGGUAUAAGCCCAAAUGGUGUUGUAACUUUUGUUUCUGACUGUUGGGUGGGCUGUACCAGUGACAAGAAACUCACAGAAAAAUGUGGACUCUUGGACUUGCUUGAAGAAGGAGACGCCAUAAUGGUUGAUAAGGGUUUCACUAUUACAGACCUUACUACUCCAAGAGGCAUUCAUCUCAUUAUUCCACCAUUUAAACAGAAAGGAAAACAAUUCUCUAAACGUGAGGUUCUCCUUACAAAAGAUAUUGCAAGUUUACGAAUACAUGUUGAAAGGCAAAUGGAGAGAAUCAAGAACUUUCGAAUAUUGCAUGGCAAUAUUCCUAUAACACAGUCAAGGAGAAUUUCUAAAGUGUUCAAAAUAUGCACAUAUUUGACAAAUCUAUGGCCACCACUUGUUCAAUAAUAACUCAUGUGUCAAUGAAAGCGUUUGUAUAUAUCAAGCAUUAGAUUUAGGGAUAAAAACUUGUAUACUUCUAACUAGAACAAUGAAAUUACAAUUUUGUUUUAAAAUCAUUUUUUCGAGCAAGUUAUAUGAUAACAUAUGAGAUUACACAUUUGAUUCAGGUUUGACAAAAAUGGAUAAGG